AUGCUCAACACACGCAUGCUUUCAAAAGAAGACGAGGCCGCACUCGGCACAGAGGACACCGAGGUGCGCCGCGAGGACCAAGAAAAGAUUAACCGCUUCAGUCGGCUGCAUCAGCGCGAGACGGUGCUGGAGGAGCAGCUGAAGGGGAAGCAGAAAGAUAAAGAGGAUCUCGAGGAGAUCUCAACGGAGUUGGAGCUUGCGGAUGAGGAUGAGUUGGUUCCGUACAAAAUUGGAGACUCAUUCGUUCAUCUCCCGCUAGAAGAAGCGCAGACGAUGCUAUCUUCGUCAACGGAGCAGAUCGACUCCGAGGUGGCCAUGCUCGAGGAGACGCUAGGGGACCUGCGCGAUGAGAUGCAGCAGUUGAAGGUUGCGCUGUAUGCGCGGUUCGGACGGAGCAUUAACCUGGAGACUUGA